GAAAGAAGAAGAAGAUAGCAGCCGCAGCAGCGAUGGCCCAGAGCACGAGGAUGGUGGCCCUGGUCCUGGCCGUUCUGGUGGUGGCGGCGGCGUCCCUGCCCGCGGCCACCGCGUACGGCUGCUACGACGACUGCUACGAGCGGUGCGCCAACGGCAAGGACGACCCCGUCUGCACCAAGAUGUGCAACCAGGCGUGCGGCCCCGUGGACCAGGCCGCGGCCAAGCAAGGUGCCGCCGGGGGCGCGCCCAAGGCUUGAUGAUCUGCUCCAUCAGAAACCAAGAUGAAUAUAAUGAUUUGAUUCAUCGCCCACCCACCACCAACGAUGACCUACUCUAUCCAUCUCUAGUUCAAUUUCCUCCAUGCAUGCAUGCAUGCAGCAUCUUGCCUGUUCCUUCUUUCUCGAUCGCCUUGCUUUUCUAUUUCAUUCUUUGUGUGUGUGUUCCCAUCCAUGGAUCAAUCGUCGUUCAUUGUAACG